AUGGGACGGCUUAAAGUGGGAAAAGAACGAGGCCAGGCGCGAUGGAUUAUGGGAGGCGUUUCUGAAGGCCGCGGGAGCAGGAGCGUUCUUGUACCCGCCGGUCUGGGGAACCACGGGGAGCGGGGGCGGGCCAACCGAACCGGGCCCCGCGCCUGUUCCCUGAGCCCAAGGCAGGAUGCAGCGCCGCGCGUCCGCUGGCCGGGAGAUGCUGAGUGUUCGUCGGCUACCCACAUCCCUGCUAUGUCCGGCCGCAAGCUGCCGAGGGGCCUGUGCCCAGACAUGUGCCCGGCCGCCGAGCGCUCCCAACGCGAGCGCGAGCGCCGCCUGCACCGACUGGAGGUAGAGCCGGGCGGACCUGGGAGCGCGCCCCGAGCCGACCCGCGGCGCGCCGUGAAAGAGUACAGCCGGCCGGCGGCAGGCAAGCCCCGGCCCCCGCCCAGCCUGCUGCGGCCGCCCCCAGUGCUCCUGGCCACCGUGCGCUACCUGGCCGGUGAGGUGGCCGGCCGCGCCGACGCGUCGUGCGCAGAGGUGGCGGGCUUCGUGGCGGACCGCCUGCGCGCUGUGCGGCUGGACCUGUCGCUGCAGGGCGUGGGCGACGCGGAAGCGGCGGCGGUGCUGGAGGCCGCGCUGGCCACGCUGCUGGCCGUGGUGGCGCGACUGCGACCCGAAGAAGCGCGCGGAGCCGCGGACCCGGUGCUGCUGCAGACGCAGGUGCAGGAAGGCUUCGGUUCGCUGAGACGCUGCUACGCGCGGGGCGAGGCUCCGCACCCCCGGCAGGCCGCCUUCCAGGGCCUCUUUCUGCUCUACAAUUUGGGAUCUGUGGAAGCCCUGCAGGAGGUUCUACAGCUGCCUGCCACCCUCCGUGCCUGUCCACCCCUUCAGACUGCCCUGGCUGUUGACGCUGCCUUCCGUGAAGGCAACCAUGCCCGGUUGUUUCGCCUGCUUCGUACCUUGACCUACCUACAGAGCUGCGCAGUGCAGGGACACAUUGGCUCUGCCCGCCGCAAAGCCCUGGCCCGUCUGUCCCGUGCCCUGAGCACUCCUAAAGGACAGACCUUGCCUUUGGACUUCAUAGUACACCUUCUGGCCCUGGAUGGGCUCCACGAAGCACAGGACCUGUGUCGGGCCCAUGGACUGACCUUAGAUAAAGACAGAGUUGUAUUCCUGAGGGGUCGAUACUCUGAGGAAGGACUCCCACCCCCUGGUACCUGCCACCUAUUAGUGGGAAGCAAGCUGCAGGGACACACCCUGGAGGAGGUGGUCAUGGCAGAGGAAGACAGGGAAAUACACAGACCUGGAUCUCCAGCUUGAGAGGGCUCUUUCUCCCCCAAGGAUUGGACCAGAGCACCUGGGGUUCUUUUUCAUGAUUCCCAAAAAAUUAAAGGAACUUGUUUGUUUUACAGGAA